GGAUAUUUCCAGAGCUUCAUAAUGGCUUUUUCAUUUCAUACAGGUUUAUUAUAAAACCCCUCCUCCUUCCCUUUCCUUCUCCUUUGCUUCUCUUCUCUCCUGAAACUCUCAAAAUUUUACUUGUAAGAUCAGAAAGCUACGAACAAGAACAAGAGGCCACCGAAGUGUUGCAAUCAGUGAGGAGUUUGAAGCGCAUGACGUCUGAGAAUUCUAAUGGAGAAAAGACAUCAAGAAAGAGGCGAAAUGGGUUUGUUUCUGUAGUGGACACUUUGAACAAGUGGAAGAAAUUGAAUAAUCAAUUGGAGUUUUUGGCAAAAGAUGGAGUAGAGGAAGUUCGUCGAGUUCCAGCCAAGGGCUCCAAGAAGGGUUGCAUGAGAGGGAAAGGAGGUCCGCAGAAUUCAGACUGUAAUUUCAGAGGUGUUAGGCAGAGGACUUGGGGUAAGUGGGUGGCUGAGAUUAGAGAGCCUAUUGCUAGCGAUACCCGUGUGAAGAAGAAAGGCAGUCGUUUAUGGCUUGGUACCUUUGCCACUGCUCACCAGGCUGCUGUUGCUUAUGAUGAAGCUGCCAAAGCCAUGUAUGGCCCUUUUGCUCGUCUCAAUUUUCCCGACUCUUCUUCUUUGAAACCAAUAACAGCAGAGCAUUCGGACACGGUAUCCCCUGUUGCUUCUUCAUGUUCUUCCUCUUCCUUCUUAAAUGGAGUAUCUGCAGAGAAACUGAACUGUGAGUAUGAAUCAAUGGAGGAACCGAAAGUGAAAGUGGAAGAAACAGCAAGAAAUGGAGUCAAUUAUACAGAUGCUAAUCCCAAUUCUUUAUAUGAUUCUAACAUUGGGAACAGAUCAACAGAAGGAGAUAUCAAGGAUGGAUUAGCUGAUGUUGUAAGAAGCCAUGAUAUUAAUAAAUACAGCCAUGAUCAGAAUGAUCCUUCUGAGCUUUGUUUCAAAUUUGAAGCAAUGGAUACAAAUGGCUACAAUGACAUCAACGAUUGCAAUCAAUAUUUGCUACAGAAGCUUCAGAGUGAUGCAUAUGCAAGAAGAACUUACUGGAUUCCAGCGGAAUGGGAGGUCGGCGGUCUCGGGCCGACGAAGAAGGUGAUGGAAGGAAAGGGAACGGAGAUGGAGAGCUAUGUAGACUGUAUGGACUUCAACCGUGAUCUGAGUUUGUUGCUGGAUCGGCAAAAACACAUGGGAGUUGGAGAUCAGAAAGUUGAGGAUUGUAACUUCGAGUUCUUGAGACCUGAUUAUGAUUUUGGGUUGGAGGAGGAAAGGAAAUGGCUUGAUUCAUGCUUCCAUGAAUGAAGAUUGAUAGAUUAUAGGCAGGGUAGAUUCUUGGUUUUGUUGGGCUACAAUUGUAUUCUAUUUUUUGAGCGUACAUAGUAGUUUCAUUUCUUCUCCUAUUUGCAGACGCCUGUUCUUGUGUGCACCUUUAAUAAAA